GGUCCGUGGCUCCGGCGCUGGAGGAGGCGCUGCGCAGCCGAGCACUGCUCCCGGUGUCCGGGACUCCCGGAGAACAAGCAGAAGUGACGCUCGCGGUGACGCAUCGGUUGCUACGGCUGCAGAUUAUGUUGCACACAUCCGGGGUGUCCGUGGCUCGUGCGCUCGCGUGUGUUUGUAACGAGCUUGUGUCCACAGGCGCGCAGUAACGCGCGCGGCGAUGAGAGCGUCUCUCCAGUGAUCAUGGCGGAUGACAGCGAGUGGGUGCUGGAGAGCAUCGCGGGCUUCCUGAGCAGCCCAGACUGGCUCAUCCCGAUGGCACACUUCAUGGACAACAAGUGCUCAGUGUUUGAUGAUGAGGAUGAGAAUAAGCUGACGUACACAGACAUCCAUCAUCAGUACAAGCAGCUGGUGGAGCGUCUGCUGGAGAACCACAUGCAGGAGGUGGGCAUCAGUGAGCAGCAGUUCCUGGACGCCUGCUCCUCUUUCAGCAAGACCAAGACCCUGCAGACUGUUUUCCAGCCGGUUCUUGCUACAGAUGAUUUUCAGAUGUUUCGCUCUCUGAUGGUCCAGAAGAACAUGGAGCUCCAGCUGCAGGCGCUGCGUGUCAUCAAGGAGAGAAACGGAGGACUCCCCGAGUGUCUGACAGACGGUGUGGACGUCGUGAGUGAACUCGAGCAGCAGGAACUGAAGAUUCUUCAGGAGGUUCUCAAGAGGUCAAAGGAGGAGUAUGAUCUGGAGAUGGCACACAGGGUACAGGAGAAGGAGGAGCAGGCCUCCACCUCCAGCAGUCUGUCUGAGACCCCCCCGUGUGACUCUGUGAGCCAGCAAACCAACACUACCAACGGCACGAAAGACCCUCAAGAGCUGAAGUUACAGGAGUCUGAGUCUGCAGCCAUACCGUCAUGUCAUAGUAAAGCUCUUCCUGCAGUGAAGGCACCUGUCGGGGGUUCAGUGUCUGCUGAACACACACGGAGCCCAGAGUGUGUGAGAGAUGAGGACACACAGAGAGACUGCAGAGCGCUUGCUGAUGAGCAGGCGUUACAGCAGCGCUCGGAGUAUCUGAAGCAGCAGAGAGAUAAACUACAGGCCUUGAAGAGAGAUCAGAGCCAGAAGAGCCCGGCUGAGGCUCCUCCUGCGGCCCCGGGGCCCAAACACACUGCACAGGAAGUAUCUGUUGAAGAGAAGAAGAAAUUGCAGAAAAGAAAGCAUCUGGCAGAGAAACUGAAAGAAGAAGUGAUCAAGAAGUGAAGCUCGGGGUCUGUGAACGCUGUG